AUGAUUGACAUGCCCAACGACUUCUUCCUUGUUCAAUUCAUGGAGGAGGAGGAUUAUAGACAUGCGCUGUAUGAUUGUCCUUGGAUGAUUGCUGACCAUUACAUUUUGGUUCAGCGGUGGAGACCUUUCUUCACUCUAACAGCAAAUAAAACCAAAAAGGUUGCAGCCUGGAUAAGGAUCCCUGGAUUGCCCAUUGAACUUUAUAAUGAUCGCUUUCUUUGGAGGGUGGGAAGCAAGUUGGGGACAAUGCUAAAGAUUGAUAAAUUAACCUCUAUCCAUUCUAGGGGUAAAUUUGCUAGAAUCUGCGUUGAAGUUAAUCUCAACAGAAGGUUGGUUUCAAUGAUAAAUGUUUUGGGGCACAUUAUAAAAUUAGAAUAUGAAGGCCUUCACUCGGUUUGUUUUAAUUGUGGCAAGUACGGGCAUAGACAAGAUCAAUGUGACGUUGCGGCAGGUCCAAUGAAGUCUACGAACAAUGAGGCUCCCAAGAAGGAUUCAGGAAACAUGGAGGUAGAUACAGGUGAGCGCCAUGCAACAUCGAACGAAAGUCUUCCUAGGGUUACGCACAAGCCCGUAACUGAACAAGAAAAUCUUGCGGUUACUACGCAAUCUGAACAAGAUUCCGAUAAUCUUUAUGGGCCCUGGAUGCUAGUUAAACGGAGAAAAAACUCUGUGGACGCGAAUUAUCACGCAACCUCUGACGUAGUGGGUGAAAGCAUUGUCCAAUCACCAAAAGAAACUACAAAGCCACGUCAGCACGAAGAAGCCUCUUGCUUUCCUAAUGAACCCAACGUGCCUAGCGCCAUGCAGACCACACAUAUCUCGCAGCCUUCUCAGAACCCAUUACCCAUACGAACUGAAACCCGUGUGCGCAACCCACUUGCUGGGAAAAAUAAACAAUCCUCUCGAGGUGGUGCGAGACACAAUAAUGAUAUCCCGGUGAAUACUGAGAAGGGCCAAUUUAAAGAGCGUGCUAACCCUCCUCUCAAGAGUAUACCUACCAGAGUGUAUAUACCGGAUGAUGAAACUCAAGUCUACGCAGAAGCGCUACGAAAGCACUUUGACCCAAUCACAAAGUGUAACCCUAAUGAUACUAUUAGCCAACCUUUGUUGAAGACAGAACAUGAUGAAAGGUCUGGGGUUAUACAACCCACCAACACCAAUAGUUCCCAAUGA